AUGGAUAACCAGACAGCCGUCUCUGACUUUCUCCUCUUGGAAAUCUCAAAGGAUCGAAAACUGCAGAUCAUAUACUUCAUCUUCUUCCUGGCAUUGUUCUUGGCAACACUAACAGGGAAUCUUCUCAUCAUUGCUGCCAUAGCUUUUGACCACCACCUUCAUACCCCAAUGUACUUCUUCCUGAUGAACCUGGCCAUGCAGGACAUAGGUUCGAUUUCAGUUAUUAUCCCCAAGUCCAUGGUCAAUUCCCUCAUGCAUAUCAGAGAGAUUUCUUAUACUGGAUGUGUGACUCAAGUUCUCUUGUUCGUCUUCUUUGUAGGGUCCGAUAUUGCUCUCCUAACAGUCAUGGCACAUGAUCGAUAUGUUGCCAUUUGCAAUCCAUUGCAAUAUGAAAUGAUCAUGAACCAGGAAACUUGCAUUCAGAUGGUUGCUAGUGCAUGGAUUGCUUGCCUUCUCAAUGCCGUGUUACACACAGGUGGAACAUUUGCAAGCCCUUUCUGCUCUAGUCUUGUCAACCAGAUGUUUUGUGAAAUUCCACAGUUAUUGAAGCUUGCCUGCUCUGACUUACACUAUAUUGAACAAGGAUUUAUUCUGUUUAGUAUUGUAAUUGCAUCUGGAUGCUUUAUCUUCACCACUGUCACUUAUGCACAGAUUCUCACUGCUGUUCUCAAAAUCCCUUCUGUUCAGGGAAGGAAAAAGGCUUUCUCUACCUGCUUACCCCAUCUUAUUGUUUUCUCUAUAUUUUUAUUAACAGCAUGCUUUGCUUAUCUGAGGCCUACACCUGACCAACCUUCAAAUCUGGAUUUGGUGUUUACUCUGCUAUAUUCAAUUCUGCCUCCCAUGCUGAAUCCUGUAAUCUACAGCAUGAGAAACAGGGACAUCAAGGUAGCCCUGUCAAGGCUUUUAUCUCUGGGGCAAUCUUCCUAG